AGAAAAUUCAAACUUCCAACACUCUCUUUUUGAAAUUAGCUCUGCCGACCGUUUAGAUUUUCUUUCCUUUUAAUUCAAACAUUAUUUCUCCAAUCUCUGUCUGAGCUUACAGUGUAGAUUUGUAUUUGUAACCAAUCUGGGAUUUGAGUUUUAAUUUUUGUGUGUCGGACUAUUACGCUUCGAGAUCUGAUCAACUUGAAGCUUCGCGAUUGGGGUGGUAUCUCUCUUAUUAUGGAAAGUGAGUGUACAACAACGAGCUCAACAACCCCUCCUCCUCCUCAGGGGGGGAUUACUGAAGGGAACUCAAAAUCGCGUCAAGGGAGGACUAGUGGCCCUGCAAGACGUUCUACACGAGGUCAAUGGACUGCAGAAGAGGAUGAGAUUUUGACAAAAGCUGUCCAUAGUUUUAAAGGAAAAAACUGGAAGAAGAUUGCUGAAUUUUUCAAGGAUCGAACUGAUGUCCAGUGCCUCCAUAGGUGGCAGAAGGUCCUUAAUCCUGAACUUGUUAAAGGUCCUUGGACCAAGGAGGAAGAUGACAUGAUCGUUCAGCUAAUCCAAAAAUAUGGGCCCAAGAAGUGGUCCACUAUUGCUCGGUUUUUGCCUGGCCGUAUUGGAAAGCAAUGUCGAGAGAGGUGGCACAAUCACCUCAAUCCUGCCAUAAACAAGGAAGCUUGGACUCAAGAAGAAGAGCUGGUUCUCAUUCGUGCUCAUCAAAUCUACGGUAAUAGAUGGGCAGAGUUAACAAAGUUCUUGCCUGGAAGGUCAGAUAAUGGAAUUAAAAACCACUGGCACAGCUCAGUUAAGAAGAAACUCGAUUCCUAUAUGUCAUCUGGCCUUUUGGAUCAGUACCAAGCCAUGCCUUUAGCUCCUUAUGAUAGAGCUUCCGCGUUACAGUCUGCUUUUAUGCAGAGUACUAUGAAUGGUAAUGGCUGUGUAAGUGGACAGGCAGAGCAAGAAAUAGAAAACCGUCAGAUUUCAAGCAUGGCUGGCUGCUCUAUAUCUGCAGAACAUUAUCAAAAUGGUAUAAUGAACAUGAGGCAACAUUUCCAGCCCUGUGAAAACUCUCAGUAUUAUUAUCCAGAACUGGAAGAUAUCUCAGUCUCCAUCUCAGAAACAUCUUAUGACAUGGAGGACUGUUCACAGCUUCCUGAUCAUAAUGUCUCGGCUUCCACGAGCCAGGAUUACCAAUUUGACUUUCAGGAUCUGUCGGAGUUGCCGAUGACAUACACAAAGGAGGGGAAGGAAUCCUCUCUAGGGGCUCCAAGCUCCACAUCAAAUAUAGAUGUGUCUGCUUACACCAACACUUCAAACGUUCUGACAUCUGAAACGGAAUGCUGCAGAGUUCUUUUCCUUGAUCAAGAGAGUGAAGGGCUCAGUGUUUCUAGAUCUUCAACCCAAGAGUCACACGAGGUUGACCAGGGAGACAGUCAAGGUCCUGUUUUGUGUGCAUCAGCUUCAGACAGCCAGAUUUCAGAAGCUACAAAAUCUCCUAUGAAGAGCUCUUCUUCAACGUCCAUUGCAACACCUGCCUCAGGCAAAGAAACUCUUCGGCCAGCUCCCUUAAUCAUAACACCCGAAAAGUAUUCCAAGAAGUCAUCCAGAUUGAUAUGUCAUCCUUUCGAGGCAGAACCAGACUGCAGAACAAAUGAAAAUGGUAGCUUCAUAUGCAUCAAUGAUCCUUCAAGCUCUACUUGUGUUGAUGAAGGGCCUAAUAACUCCAUCGAAGAAGAUCAAUCUUAUCAUUUGAAUGAUUCCAAGAAGCUGGUUCCAGUGAACGAUUUUGCUUCUCUGGCAGAAGUUAAGCCAAACGCUCUUUCUAAGCAUGAACCAAACAUGUCAAGCGAGCUGCAGCAUGAGGAUAUGGGAGCAUCAUCAAGUCUUUGUUUUCCAAGCCUGGACCUACCUGCUUUCAACGAUCCGAUGCACGAUUAUAGCCCUCUUGGGAUACGCAAGUUACUGAUGUCCACCAUGACGUGCAUGAGCCCACUUAGACUGUGGGAGUCUCCCACUGGAAAAAAGACGUUGAUUGGUGCAAAAUCAAUCCUGAGGAAACGCACCCGUGAUCUGCUGACACCGUUAUCUGAGAAGAGAAGUGAUAAGAAGCUUGAAACUGAUAUAGCAGCUACUCUGGCAAAAGAUUUUUCACGCCUGGAUGUGAUGUUUGAUGAGAGUGAGAGUCGAGAAUCUAUCUCUGGAGCCAAUCUUGGAGAUAAGGAAAACCAUUUUCAAAUAUUAAAUGGAGAAGGUGAAGAGAAUCGGAGGGGUGAGCCUACUUCACUUGUCUUGGAGGCAAAUGUUCAACAUGUUGAAAGUUUCUCUGGUGUUCUUUCUGAGAGCAAUACCAACAAGCAAGUUAUGUCUCCUCCUGGUCAAUCAGUAACCAAAGCAGAGAAGGCACAAGUCUCAACCCCAAGAAAUCACUUGCAGAGAACUCUCAUGGGUACUUCUAACAAAGAACAACACUCUUCUGCAAGUCUUUGUUUGGUCAUUAAUUCGCCUUCUCGAGCCAGAAACACCGAGGGUCAUCUUGCUAACAACGAGACAAACAAUGAGAAUUUCAGCAUAUUCUGUGGAACUCCGUUCAGGAGAGGUCUUGAAUCUCCAUCAGCCUGGAAAUCUCCGUUUUAUGUAAACUCUCUCUUGCCCAGCCCAAGAUUUGACACAGACAUAACUAUCGAGGACAUGGGCUACAUUUUCAGUCCUGGGGAGAGAAGCUACGAGAGCAUAGGAAUGUUUACACAGAGAAAUGAGCAAACAAGUGCAUUCUCAGCAUUCAAUGCAAUGGAAAUUUCACUCUCGCCAAAUACUAAUGAUGCAAGGAAGAUGAAGGAUUUGGAUAAAGAGAAUAAUGAUCCUCUAAUGGCGGAGGGUAGAGUGCUGGACUUCAACGAUUGUGAGUCUCCCACCAAGUAAGAGAAGAAGUCUCAUCCUACCACUUGAAGGGAUGUAGGUAAAAAGGGCCAGAACCUUCUCCUCAAUACAUAAUAUUCAUUCAAUGCACAUACAUGAACAUGUAUAAACAAUGUAUGUGCAUCUUCUAUAAACAGAGCUUGUCCCCGCUUGGAUCUGAUUCUCUCUUCUUCUUUUUUUCUUACUAGUGAGUCAACUUGAUUGAAUUUAUGUAGAUUCUGUGUUCAAAACAUAGUAUAUAUAUAUAUACAUCUUUCAUAUCGCCUGCAUUAAG